AUGAACGGUGAUUCCGUGAGUCUACUCCUUAAUAACUUCCCCCCUUGGAGAUCAAAAGUUGUGCCUCCACUACCGCAUCCUUUCUCUUUGCCAACAACGUCGUCCAGUCUAGGCCAGCCACAAUGGUUCGGGAGUCGGGAUUGGUUCCACUCCCACGUCCCCCUGUUACCUUUGCCUCCUCCUCCUCCACCUCCACCACCACCACCACCCCCACCGCCGCAAACACACCAAAUAAGCGAUCUUUGCUCUGUGAUGGAAAACGCUGCACGGGUCUCUUCACUCCACAAAACGUCGGCGGCACAAAGCCCCGGUGAAAGUCUUAAUCUCUCCUCGAAACAAUCACAGACUGAGGAUUUGACCAAUUCCCCAAUCCCGAUGUCCUCUUCCUUCGUCCAAAACACCUCCACUCUUUCUCACUCUAUUGAUCGCCUCCUUGCCGAAUCUCCACCUCCGCCACCCCCACUGUCACCUCCACCGCCGCCUCUAGAACCUAGUCCACCAAGUCCUUCCAUGUUUUCUUUUGAUAUGUGGAUGCGGAACCUGUUGGCGCUCCGAAACCCCCUCCUUACAUCACCCGCGACGCUCCAGUCACCGCCACCGCCACCACCACCACCACCACCAUCAGUAAAUCAACCACAACCAUCACAACCGCCUAAUCAGGCCUCUCCCGCAAAAUCACAUACUUAUAGACGUCGAGAAGGUCGUAUGACCUAUGAGUGCUCAGUGUGUGGAAAAACAUUUGGACAGCUCUCCAACCUCAAAGUACAUCUGCGCGUGCACACGGGCGAGAGGCCUUUCACAUGCUCCAUCUGUGGCAAGGGUUUCACUCAACUGGCGCACCUCCAAAAACACCAUCUGGUGCAUACUGGCGAAAGGCCGCAUGAGUGUCAGAUCUGCCGGAAGCGCUUCUCCAGCACCAGCAAUUUAAAGACACAUCAACGCCUUCAUAGUGGGGAGAAGCCUUUUAGCUGCAAACUUUGCCCUGCGCGGUUCACCCAAUUCGUUCAUUUGAAGCUACACCGCCGACUGCACACUGAUGGAGAGGCAAAGGUGUUUGGCUGUCCUGGCUGCCAAAAGAAAUAUGUGACGCCAAAUGGCUUGAAAGCUCAUUGGCGCACAGCCGGAGGCAAGGGGUGUUGCAUGUCGACAGGGGAGAAGGAGAAACAGAAUGAGGCCUUUUAG